UCGGCCCCUUUGGCAGGCUCCGGCCGGCGUCGCUGCGGCUCUGGCAGCGGAGCGAGAGCCCGGAGCCUGGAAAGAUGCGGCGCCCGCGGCGGCCUGGAGGUCCCGGGGGAUCUGGGGGUCUCCGGGUGCUCCUCUGCCUGCUGCUGCUGGGCAGCCGCCCGGGAGGCUGCAACGCCAUUAGUGCCCACGGCUGUCUGUUUGACCGCAGACUCUGCUCUCACCUGGAAGUCUGUAUUCAGGAUGGCUUGUUUGGACAGUGCCAGGUGGGAGUGGGGCAAGCCCGGCCCCUUCUGCAAGUCACCUCCCCAGUUCUUCAACGCUUACAAGGUGUGCUCCGACAGCUCAUGUCCCAAGGACUGUCCUGGCACGAUGACCUCACCCAGUAUGUGAUCUCCCAGGAGAUGGAGCGCAUUCCCAGGCUUCGCCCCCCAGAGCCCCAUCCAAGGGACAGAUCUGGCUUGGUGCCCAGGAGACCUGGUCCCACUGGGGAGCUGCUUUUACAGGGCGUCCCCACUAGCUCCGCUCCUGCUCCCCAGCACCGGCUUCCUCGACCUCCAGUAGGUGGGGGCGGAGCUGGGGCGGGCUCCUCCCUGUCCCCUCUGCAGGCUGAGCUGCUGCCCCCUCUCUUGGAGCAUCUGCUGCUGCCCCCACAGCCCCCACACCCUGCCCUGAGUUAUGAACCUGCCCUGCUGCAGCCCUACCUAUUCCAUCAGUUUGGCUCCCGCGACGGCUCCCGGGGCUCAGAGAGCUCCUCAGGGAUGGUCAGUGUUGGCCCCCUGUCCAAGGCUGAACCCUCUGCCCUCUUCAGCAGAACUGCCUCCAAAGGCAUGUUCGGGGCUCACCCUGGCCUCUCCUAUGGGGACCCUCCAGGGCCUCCACCUGCUCAGCUUUUCCAGGAGUCAAGGCUGCUAUACCUGGCCCAGGAGCCACAAGUGCCCAGCAGGGCCAGGGCACCAAGGCUGCCAGAGCAAGGGGGCAGCAGCCGGGCAGAGGACUCCUCAGAGGGCUAUGAGGAGGAAGGACUAGAGGGCCACAGGGAGAAGCCUCCUUCCCGAGCAGAGCAGCCAGCAGAUGUGACUCUGCAGAGACUGGCGGCUGUGCUGGCGGGCUACGGGGUGGAGCUGCGUCAGCUGACCCCUGAGCAGCUCUCCACCCUCUCGACCCUGCUGCAGCUGCUGCCUAAGAGUGCAGGACGAAAUCUGGGAGGGGUUGUAAACGUUGGAGCUGACAUCAAGAAAACAAUGGAGGAGCAGGUGCAGGGUGUAGACGCACUGGAGCCUCCACCCUCCACCCCUUCCCUGCCUGGAUCCCCCACUGCCGGCCCCACCUCCAAUAAAGCCCAGCAGGAACUGAGCUCUGGAUCCUCUGGGACUCCAAAAGCUGCCGACCCGCCUGCCACACAUGUCCUACUGGAGAAGAAAAGUCCACUGGGCCAGAGCCAGCCCACAGCAGCAGGGCAGCCCUCCACUCAGCCAUCAGCAGAGGAAUACGGCUACAUUGUCACUGACCAGAAGCCCCUGAGUCUGGCUGCAGGAGUAAAGCUGCUGGAGAUCCUGGCUGAGCAUGUGCACAUGUCCUCGGGGAGCUUUAUCAACAUCAGUGUUGUGGGACCAGCCCUUACCUUCCGCAUCCGGCACAAUGAACAGAACCUGUCUUUGGCUGAUGUGACCCAGCAAGCUGGGCUGGUGAAGUCUGAACUGGAAGCACAGACAGGGCUCCAGAUCUUGCAGACAGGAGUGGGACAGAGGGAGGAGGCGGCUGCUGUCCUUCCUCGACCGGCCCACAGCACCUCUCCCAUGCGCUCUGUGCUGCUUACUCUGGUGGCCCUGGCGGGUGUGGCCGGGCUGCUUGUGGCUCUGGCAGUGGCCCUGUGUAUGCGGCAGCAUGCGCGACGGCAGGACAAGGAGCGCCUGGCCGCUCUGGGACCCGAGGGGGCCCAUGGUGACACAACUUUUGAGUACCAGGACCUGUGCCGCCAGCAUAUGGCCACAAAGUCCUUGUUCAGCCGAGCAGAGGGUCCACCGGAGCCUUCUCGGGUGAGCAGCGUGUCCUCGCAGUUCAGCGACGCGGCCCAGGCCAGCCCCAGCUCCCACAGCAGCACACCGUCCUGGUGUGAGGAGCCUGCCCAGGCAAACAUGGACAUCUCCACAGGACACAUGAUUCUGGCAUACAUGGAGGACCACCUGCGCAACCGGGACCGCUUGGCCAAGGAGUGGCAGGCCCUGUGUGCCUACCAGGCGGAGCCCAACACCUGUGCUACCGCCCAGGGGGAGGGCAACAUCAAAAAGAACCGCCACCCUGACUUCCUGCCCUAUGACCAUGCGCGCAUCAAGCUGAAGGCGGAAAGCAGCCCUUCUCGGAGUGACUACAUCAAUGCUAGCCCCAUUAUUGAGCACGACCCACGGAUGCCAGCCUACAUAGCCACACAGGGCCCGCUGUCACAUACCAUCGCAGACUUCUGGCAGAUGGUGUGGGAGAGUGGCUGCACUGUCAUCGUCAUGCUGACUCCGCUGGUGGAGGAUGGUGUCAAGCAGUGUGACCGCUAUUGGCCAGAUGAAGGCUCCUCUCUCUACCAUGUGUAUGAGGUAAACUUGGUGUCAGAGCACAUCUGGUGCGAGGACUUCCUGGUGCGGAGCUUCUACCUGAAGAACGUGCAGACCCAGGAGACGCGCACGCUCACGCAGUUCCACUUCCUCAGCUGGCCGGCAGAGGGCACCCCGGCCUCCACCCGGCCCCUCCUGGACUUCCGCAGGAAAGUGAACAAGUGCUACCGGGGCCGCUCCUGCCCCAUCAUUGUGCACUGCAGUGAUGGUGCGGGGAGGACUGGCACCUACAUCCUCAUUGACAUGGUACUGAACCGCAUGGCGAAAGGAGUAAAGGAGAUUGACAUCGCUGCCACCCUGGAGCACGUCCGCGACCAACGGCCUGGCCUUGUCCGUUCUAAGGACCAGUUUGAAUUUGCUCUGACAGCUGUGGCGGAGGAGGUGAAUGCCAUCCUCAAGGCCCUGCCCCAGUGAGACCCCUGGAGCCCCUCGCCGGGCAGCCAGCCUCUGCCCCCUCUUUGCCUGUGUGAGCAUCUGUCUAUGUACUCACUCCUCUCCCUACCCCUCACCUCGGUCCCUCUUGGGCAUGUCCAGUUCUUCCAAGAGGAGUGUGUAAGGAAGGGGAAGCAGGAAGGGGCAGACUUGCCCAGCUUCUGGCAUGGGGGAGCUGGCAGCCGGCCAGGAGGAGAGGAAAGUCAUGGGCAGCAAUUCCACCCAGAGCCUCCUCCUGCCUGAGUUCCCUGGCCCCCAUUUCCCACCACUCUGGAUGCUCCGAAUAUGUCUGUGGACAGCCCCCAUCCUCCAGUGUGGAUGGAACAGGGCAGGGGGGCUCUAUGCCCCGCUCUUCCUGCUUUCCCAGCCCCCGCUGUCCUGCUUCCCCAACCCACACUCUGGCCCCUACCCUUCCUGUCCCUUCCUCCCCACCCCACCCUUCCACCACAUGCCACUCAACUCUCCCCCUCUGGCACAAGAGAACAUUUCUAGAAAAAUCUACUUUUGUAUCAAUGUGAAUAAAGUUAGUGUGUCGUGUGUGCAGCUGCAA